CCUGGUUCUUGCCGCCUCCCGCCAUGGACCCCACGACUCGCUCUUGCUCUCUACCACCAUCAUGCCUGUUCCCCGUGCACUUUUCGAGCAGAUCAAGCAGAUUAUCCCACCGUUGACUGGUGUUCUUCAUAAAGGGCAAUCAGGACGCGUUGGUGUACUUGGCGGCGCGCUAGACUAUACGGGUGCUCCGUACUUCGCGUCAAUAUCGGCCCUUCGCUACGGAGCCGACCUCUCCCAUGUCAUCUGCUCGCCCACAGCUGCCUCAGCUAUCAAGUCCUACGCUCCUGACCUGAUUGUCCAUCCCAUCUUGCGCGAAGACUCCAGCCCGGAGAAGCUCAAGCCCGAACUCGAUUCCCUCUUUUCCCGACUGCAUGCCAUCGUCAUCGGACCAGGGCUCGGGCGUGAGCCCUAUAUGCAGGCUUAUGCCCGCCUUGCCCUCUCGAUUGCUCGCGAACGCGGCAUGUACAUUGUGCUUGACGCAGACGGCCUCUUCAUGAUCCAGCAGGACUUCAGCUUGAUCAAGGGCUACCGCCGCGCUGUGAUCACGCCCAACGUCGCGGAGUUCGCGCGGUUGGCGGACGCGGCGGGCAUCGACCCGAACACGCCGAAGGACAAGCGGGCGCACAGCCUGAGCAAGAUCCUCGGCGGCGUGACGGUGUUGGAGAAGGGUGGCGUGGAUACUAUAGCGACAGACACAACGGGGAAGGAGGCCGACCUGAGGGCGAGCAAGCUAGACAAUAGGUCAGGAGAGAAGGAGACGACCUCGGAGCAAGUCGAGGUCGACGUGGAGGGUGGCUACAAGCGCUGCGGCGGGCAGGGCGAUGUUUUGAGCGGCGGCGUCGGUGCCUUUCUUGCGUGGGGUAAGUGCUACGAAGAUGGCGCUUUCGGCGACCAUUCCCUGCCCAUCUCACGGGUACCCCUACUUGCCGCCAUCGGAGCCAGCAUGGUGACGCGACAAACCAGCCAUCUCGCCUACCUGAAGGCGGGCCGUGGUCUGAUCACGCAGGACUUGCUUCCUGAGAUCGGCAAAGCCUUCGCAAAGACCUUUGGCGAGGAGGCUGCUGGGUUCAAGAAGGGAAGCAUACCCGAACUUGGGCGGACGACGAAGAGUUUCUACUGAGGGGCUGAUGCCUUGUUGACCCUCUGUUAUCUCAAGGCAGCCGCAAAAUGUACGAUAAGUAGUCGAUCUGUGUAACAUCUACUCGUUGAUGCAAGGACAAUCGUAGUCAUCUUGUAUUUUGAAAAGACCCUCGCCGAUUUUGGCUGUUUUUCCGAGCAGGGAGAUUUUGGGUCCAUCGUACUUACUGUACGAGGCAUGGGCGUAUUGUUGUUCUGCUUACCGGUGGCGCAGGGCGUCCUGGAUCGCCCUAUGAUAUUGUGGCAUAUCCUACUCCCUACUGCUGGAUUGAGCCGCCGAUCAAGGUCAAAUUCCCUGAUUGUGGCCUCCACACAAUAGCCCUUGCUGAUAUCGUCACG